AUGUAUUUUUGAAUGCCGAAAUGAGUAUAUCGAAUGUCGGUUCUGGUUCCUUAUGGACACACUUUAAGCAGCCAGAACGUUGGUCAAGGGACGGUAUUUAUAGGCUCUCAGGUUGUUGUUUUAUGUCGUUUUUUGGUCUGGGUCUAGUUAUCGGUUUACUGGGUCCUGCUUUGCCACCCUUGGCAGAAGCCUUAAGUCUCAAGCAGGCUGAAAGUCUAGGCUUUCUCUUCACUGUAAGGGGAGUCGGAUACUUUUUAGGAUCACUACUCUUUGGCUUUAUUGGGAAGAAGCUGAGUUAUAGGUCUUUGAUUGCUGGUGGGUGUUUGAUUUUGGCACUAACUCAAGUUUUGAUUGCAGUUUCAACUUCUACAAUGCAGCUUGGCUUAUUUUGCUUUCUUGUGGGCUUUUUUUCAGGCUUUGUCGAUACAGGAGGAAAUGCUGCAGUAGGUAGUCUGUUAGCAGAAGAUCCUUUGGCAGACACUUUUAUGCAAGCACUUCACUUUUCUUUUGGUUUGGGAGCUUUUAGCGCUCCUCUACUUACAGCUCUUCUUUUGAAAUUUUCAGGAAGCAUUGCCUUGGCCUUCUUUCUCGUUGGUUUGCUUUGCCUCUGCAUUGGACUCAGUUUCUUGGGAUUGACAACAAGUGAGAUUUGUAACAAACCUACAACCAAAGAAUUGACUUUGAUCAGUGAAGAAGAACGUUGGAUGGAUGCAUCUGUGGAGAAUAAUACUACUGUUCAAGCCACUCCUUCGACACCACCACCGCAAAGCAACAGAAAGCUUCUUCUUGUUUUGGUUGCUUUUGCUGCAUUCUUUUAUGUUGGAUGUGAAAUAGGUUUUGGAGGUUGGAUAGCAACAUAUUCUCUCAACUCACAUAGUGUAAGUACAAAAGCUUCAGCUGCUCUUAUGGCUUCUGUCUUCUGGGCAUCGUUCACCAUAGGAAGACUUGUUUCGAUUCCUUUAUCACUUUAUUUAUCUUGUCGCUCCAUUCUCUUCCUAGACUUGUCACAAGCCAUCGUUUCAACUAUUUUUGGUAUACUAGGUUUCAAUCUAUGGUUUUGUUCUUCUUUAGUUGGAUUUGCCUUGUCAUCCUCGUUUCCAUCUUCCGUCACUCUGAUACAGAGUAAAACGAGUGUAGAUCAAGUUUCCACUUCCUGUUUAAUGGUAGGAGCAAGUUUAGGUGAAAUACUCAUUCCUUUUUUGUUGGGAGAGAGUAUGAAGGAACUUGGUUUGGAAUGGUAUUUUCCAUUAUGCCUCGUUACUGUCUGCUUAUGGGGUUUGGGUUUUAUACUGGUGUUGAUACAACCAAGUCAUUAUCAUGACAAUUGUACUAGUUGAUGAUUAUUCUCGAGAUCUAACUUGCAUAUUCCUCCUUUCUCAUGCAAUGUCAGUAGUCUUGUUUAUUUUCUUGUUCGACAGAUUAUAGUGGAAUAUUUGAUCAUGAAGGUUGAGGAUAUUAUUUUGUCUACGAAUUCACAUUUGUUACCUGAUUGAGAUGUUCUUAUUGCUUGGGUCGAGAUAUUUCAGUCGACAGGUAUGGCCAAUUCUUUAGUUGCAUAAGAACAAUCGACAAAGUUGGUACCACCCAAAUUUGUUGUUCCAGCCACUGGAACAGAGCGUUGUACUCUUUGACAAAGACCAGAACCUGUUGUUGUACAAUGAUAUUUGGUACACGGACUAUAAGUUUCACAAGUUUGAGAAGUUGGAAACAGGUCAGCAUCCACCAGCUUGAGACAGGUUGUACUGGAUGUUACAGAACAAGUACAGUACGAUGAAUUGAAUACGUAUCGUUCCGCGGAGUUGAGUUGUACUGUAACGAACGCUACUUUGGGUAGCGAUGAAAAUUCUUCUGUGAAGAUGGGUUCUGCUUUGUUUCUUGCUUUCCAAAAAGGUCGACUAGAUGGAAGUGUUGAGUAUUUGCAAAUGAGAAACCAUCAAGAUUACCUUUCCAACAGUCCUAGCUUAUGCUUUAAUGAUGAUAAACGUUGUUUUUCAAUC